CGCGUGUACGCAUAUGACUAAUCCUUAAACAACACACUAAAAGAUUCCCCUUUUUGGAGGCGUGGCCUGUUCAUAGCCCUGAAGCCAAGAGUGCUUGCUACUUUCGUUUUAGCUUUUUCGCAGGGUCUCGUCGUCGAGAUGAAGCCACACAGCGAAAACGUGCCACCAGGAGAUGCGCCUGUCUGCAGGCAACACUACCAAACGUUUUGGCCCUCCAAAUUAAGGACGUUGAAGGUAUAAAUCCAAAGUGGCUAUUGAUUUCCUCAGGAAUGUGAUGAAUGAGGCUGCUGUGGAUUUUCUAUCAUUCAAUAAUUGCUUAAAAACAUUAGACAAAUAGCUGAUUUCGUUCCCACUUUUUUCCCCUGAAUGGACUUAAGUAAAAAAAAAUAGGCUAGAUGUUUAAAAUGUUUGAUAAAUACUCCCAGCUUUUAAAAUGCCCCGAACUACUAUAACCUCCAGCAUCUAUACAGGAUCAUACAGUGAAAUGGCGGAUGGAUUUUCUAACAUGGUUCACAGUGUGAUUGCAUCUCUUAAAAAAGAGGAGUAUAAGACCCUACAGUACCUCUGUACAGAUUUGUUCAACAACAUCUGUGUGGAUGAAGAUUUGAGAGCAGCUUUGUUGGCACUGCAGACACAAACUCAAACUGGCGAUGCCCUUCUGAUGGAGCUCGUGUUCCGAAUAAAGCGCUUUGAUAUCCUAAAGAAAGUUUUUGCCACCAACAGACAACAGGUAGAAGGAAUCCUGAAGAUGAGAAGUGUUGUCUCAGAUUACAGGAUUCUAAUGGCAGAUGUGAGCGAAGACCUGCAGGGCGAUGAUUUACAAACUCUUAUCUUUCUCCUGAACAAUACCCUGCCCAAAGAAAGACUGGCCAGAGCUACUAGCUUUUUAGAUGUGGUGGUGGAGUUGGAAAAGUUAGAUAAAGUAUCUUCUGAUAAUCUAGACCUGCUUGAAAAGUGUUUGAGGGACAUUCACAGAAUGGACCUUGUCAAGAGGAUUCAAGCCUAUAAGAAUAGAGGUCAGAAUGUACCAUGUGCAGUCCCUAAAGUUCAGAAAUCCUGUAAGUUCACCCCUGUGCAAUGUCAGUCUCAACCAGUGAAACAAACCCAAUGCUGUUCUCAAGAGUUUAAAAAUUUGAAGCUUUCAGUGCCUGAAACAGGGACACAACAUCAACAGGCUUUAAUGGCGGAGUAUAUAAUGAAUCCAGAGCAGAGGGGGCUGUGUGUUAUUAUCGACUGUGUUGGCUUUGAUGGCGAGAUGUUAAACCAGACAUUUCAGUGUCUUGGUUUCACGGUCAUUUUCCACUCUCUCCUGGGUCUAAAAGAAACCCAGAAGGUCUUGGAAGACCUGACCCGCAACAGGAUCCUUCAGCGGGUCAGUUGCUUUAUCUGCUGCAUCAUCAGCAGGGGAACAGACAAUUAUCUGUUGGCUACGGACUCUAGCAGCAUUGGCAUCAGGCUGGAGGAUCUCAGGCAGCUUUUCAGCCCAACCCAGUGUCCCUCUCUGUGUGGGAAACCCAAACUCUUCUUUACCCAGAUCUACAGAACCACACAAGCCCCAAAUACACCAUCAAUGGAUGAUGAAUACCUUGAGACAGAUGCUCAGGCAUGCCGUUAUUCCAGAGGGCUACGUGCGGAUGCAAGGGCUGUUCCAGUGUCUGCAGAUGAUCUUUGGAGCGUGUGCAGAGCAGAGACAAAGCUGCUGGAAGGGUCUGGCCACUGGUCGGUUUACCUGCAUGCGUUAAACACUGCCUUGCUGAGGGGAAGAGAGAGAAGGAUGCCUUUAUUGGACGUCAUGGAAGUGGUGAAGGGAAAUGUGUUUAGUCACAAUCAGCAAAAUCCUGAGAAUAAGUAUCACACUGAAUUCUCUCAAACACUACGCAAGAACCUUUACUUGUAACACUCAAUAUGUGCAUCGCAACACAAACUACUUUCUUCCAUACAUGCACCCUGCAGUUGUUUUUUUUUUUAGAAUGUAACUAUCGUUUGUGUCUGUAUGGUGGAUGAAUAAUCUCCGCAUAGUACUGCCAUAAUAAUUUGUUAUACAUCGUUUUAUGUAUUUGUGUAUUAUUAAUAUUUUUAUUUAUUAUUGUGUAGUCACCUCCUGUGCAGCUAAUACAAAGUGCUCUGUUUGCAGUCACAGUGCUCUUUACUCAUUAAUUAAUUUAAGUAUACCUUCAGUCAUUAGUCAGCCUAAAUGAAGUUUAUUUGUAUAGUGCUUUACAAAAGAGCAGCUUUUCACAAAAAUAGUGCCUUAAUGCUUCAAAGGUGCAACGCAAAGUUGAAUGGUGCAAGGAAAGCAACUCUAUGAGUUGUUUAGGUGAAUGGCAGAAUCCAAACCCCAUCCUACUCUGGCAUGACAUUUUACAUGUGGUAAAUAUGUAGUUACAUUGUAUGCUGUAGUAUUACUCAUGUGUCCAUUGAAUACAUUUUUAAUGUGCAAAUUGUGAUAUUUGAGUAUAUUGUUGAGUAAUCCAUGUAACAUAUCCUUCUUUUGCUUAUUUACACAUCGAUAAAAAUCGCAAUACAUAUUUACAUAAGCAUGUAAAAACAAAUAUAUCCUUAUUGUCUAAUAGUUUUGAUGUUCUAGGUACUACUGUAUCAGUAGGCUGGAGUUUUGUGAUAUUAAUGAGCGUAGUGGAUUGUAUCAUAGAGUAGACCACAUGGGGCUUUAAAAGUAAGUUGACAAGAAGUGAUUAAAUGUGAAGAGUACCUGUUUUAUUAUAUCUAAUUUUAAAUGCAUAUGUAGAAUUUGUAAGUUACUUAUCAUAUUUAUGUAAUUAAUUUAUUCCCCCUUAAGAGGUUUAUGAAUUCCCUGGUGAAAAAAACAGCAUAUGCUGGUAGGUAUGUUUUGAUGCUGGUUUAAGCUGGUCCUUUGCUGGUUUAUCCUGGUCCUUAGCUGGUUUAUGCUGGUCCUUAGCUGGUUUAUGCUGGUCCUUUGCUGGUUCAUGCUGGUCCUUUACCAGCAACAUGACCAGCAAAAACCAGCAAAGGACGAGCUUAAACCAGCAUCAAAACCUACCUAACCAGCAUAUGCUGGUUUUUUCACCAGGGUUGGGGAUUCUCAACUGGUGGGCCUCAGUGAUCCACCAAGGGGGCCGCGAGAUAGCUUAAAAUUAAUUUAAAUAUUAUCCUAAAACUGUUUAAUUUCAUUAUUAAUGUUUUAAAUUAAAAUGAUUAAAGCACAGCCUCUCGUGUUCUGUAAUUGAUUGCUUGCUUACAGAAUGAACGGCGGCUCAAAACUUCCUCCGCUGCACGCAGACUUCAUUUUAGAGUCCUGCAUGGGACUCAUGUUUUAGUCCCGCUUCCGCAAGAUUCUGUCCCGCUCCCAUCCCCGGCAUUCAUGUUUUAUCCCGCUCCUGCUCGCAAAAGCCCGCAUAAAAGUAACCUAUGUAGACAUUUUCACUACAUCGAUGAAAUGCACAUGAAAUGCAUCUCGUAAUUUCCACAAGAUCUCGGCAUAAACGCUGCCGAUAAAAUAUUUAUUUAGGCUAAGCAUCAACAUUUAGAAACGCUGCUAUUCUUAAAAAUUAAGCAUCGGUUGCUGCGUGCAUGCAUGGCAGAAUGCAAGCAAACAGCGCUCCCUUAAAGCUGACAUCUCAGUUCAUCGCGAUCUCAUAAAGCUCUUAUAACACAAUGAAUAUAUGCACAAUGAAUCACUAUGUCUACACUUCGUGUGUUGUUAUGAGAGGAUUCGCGAGCACGCAACAUUCAGCACUGUGCAAAAACUUAUAAGCGGUGAGCAGAUUCUAACUAAAACACCUCUGAUUGGCAAAUGCGUUCCAGAAAUCACCAGAUGGCUUCAUUGCUUAAGCUGCAAACUGCCUGUUCUUGCCACUGUUAAUAAUUUUUAUGUUAUAUUAGUUGUUAUUGUUGUUUUAGUUUUUUUUUAGUUUUUUUUUUUUUUUGUUUAAAUAUUUCUAUUUUGCGAUUCUUGAGAAUCCUUUUAUUCUUCCGCAUGAAUUUGUAGAGGAGUAUUAAGAAUAAAAAUGCCUGAAAUCUA